AUGACCAUUCCCACAGCUCAAGGGAGAAAGCCACAAGCUGACAAAUUGAUCUCUUCCCAGUUCCUAGCUGCAGAACUCGACGAAAUCGAAACAUUGCUGAAAGAGGGUGAAAAGCUCCCCUACAAGCAAGAAAUUGUAUGGAGGAAUGUGAUUUUGUUCGCGGCACUGCAUCUGGGAGCGCUAAUCGGUUUAUAUCAGCUGAUUUUCGUCGCCAAAUGGGCAACGGUGUUUUGGUCUUUCUUUCUACACGUGGUUGGAGCGAUCGGCGUUACGGCAGGUGCACAUCGGCUAUGGUCUCAUAGAGCAUACAAGGCAAACCUACCGUACCGUAUUCUUCUGAUGCUUAUGGACACUACAGCAUUUCAGAACGACAUCAUCGAAUGGGCUCGUGAUCAUAGAUGUCAUCACAAAUGGACGGAUACACACGCUGAUCCUCACAAUACCAACCGAGGCUUUUUCUUUUCCCACAUGGGAUGGCUGCUUGUCAAGAAGCAUCCUCAGAUCAAAGAGCAAGGCAAAAAACUCGACUUAUCCGACUUGUUUUCUGAUCCUGUGUUGGUGUUUCAAAGGAAGUACUACCUCCCGAUGGUAAUUCUGUUCUGCUUUUUACUUCCUGCCGCUAUUCCGGUACGAUUUUGGGGUGAAUCGCCGUUGGUCGCCUUCUACACGGCAUCUUUGUUCCGUUACUGCUUCUUACUCCACGCCACCUGGUUUAUUAAUAGCGUUGCCCAUAUGUUUGGCUACAGACCUUAUGACAGCCGUAUCACCCCUGUAGAAUCCGUCUGGACUUCCGUAGCGGCCGUUGGUGAAGGCGGCCACAACUUCCAUCAUACUUUUCCACAGCAGAAAUCGGACAAGGCCCAACUCAAGUCUUGUAAUCAGAAGCUAUUCCCACCUAACAUUCCAGAGUAA